UUUGGUGUUUAAGGUUAUGUUGUGAUUUAGUAUCUCGAACGUUUAUAAGUUUAUUUUCAAAUAAAUUGUGUUAAAGACAUUAUUUUAUAUGAUGGAGGAUGUACAGAGGCAUUCUGUGCACACACUGGUGUUCAGAUCGUUAAAAAGGUCCCAUGAUAUGUUUCUUUCAAAUCAAGGCAUUUUGCCACCAGUUGAUGAAAAAGCUGAGGCCAUUCGUAGAUCUUUGAAGGCUAGAGACAGCUAUGGACUUGUAUUUGAUGAUAUUAAGAAAAUGAAAGCAAUGAAACAAUUGCAAGAUGUCGAAGCUGGACCAAAUCCUCCUCCUCCAGGAACUGGUAUUGACUCUCACCAGGAGAAUGCUAUUGUACCAUACACAGAUACAAGCUUGAUGACUAGAGGUCCAGGACUUAGUCAGAGCCAGCAUACAGCUUUGAUGAAGAGGGCACCAACAAUGCCCAAACCCAAAUGGCAUGCUCCUUGGAAGCUGUACAGGGUAAUUGCUGGGCAUUUGGGAUGGGUUAGGUGUGUCACAGUUGAGCCAGGGAAUGAGUGGUUUGCAACUGGAGCAGCUGAUAGGAUUAUUAAAAUUUGGGAUUUAGCCAGUGGCCAGUUGAAGGUCUCACUCACAGGUCAUGUGAGUACUGUAAGAGGAUUGGCUGUAAGCAAUAGGCAUCCUUACUUAUUCAGCUGUGGUGAAGACAGACAGGUCAAGUGCUGGGAUUUGGAGUACAACAAAGUAAUCAGGCAUUAUCACGGACAUUUAUCCGCUGUAUACACCUUAGCUUUACAUCCGACUAUCGAUGUUUUGGUGACAGCAGGAAGGGAUUCAACAGCUCGAGUUUGGGACAUGAGAACUAAAGCCAAUGUACAUACGUUGACUGGACAUACGCAUACUGUGGCAAGUGUAAUCUGCCAACCAGCUGAACCUCAGAUUGUAACAGGCUCACACGAUACGACGAUUCGGUUAUGGGAUUUAGCAGCUGGAAAGUCCAUGUGCACUUUGACUAAUCACAAGAAGAGUGUAAGGAGUUUAAUUUUCCAUCCCACUUUGUAUAUGUUUGCAUCUGGCUCACCUGACAACAUAAAGCAGUGGAAGUGUCCUGAUGGUAAAUUCAUUCAGAACCUUUCCGGUCACAAUGCCAUCGUGAAUUGUCUAGCCGUGAAUCCUGAAGGAGUUUUGGUUUCCGGUGGAGACAACGGCACAUUGCACUUUUGGGAUUGGAGGACAGGAUACAACUUCCAACGAUUACAGGCUCCAGUACAACCAGGUUCGAUGGACAGCGAAGCUGGUAUAUUUUCAAUGACCUAUGAUCAUUCAGGAUCUCGUUUGAUUACAACAGAAGCGGACAAGACUAUUAAAAUUUACAAAGAAGACGAUACGGCUACGGAAGAAUCGCACCCGGUAAACUGGAAACCGGAUAUAUUGAAACGACGAAAGUUCUAACGAUCAGUAUUUAUUUGUUCUG